AUGUCCGCCCCCGCACACAUCACACUCAAGAACCUCGAUGGCCAGUGGGUCAUGAACCGGACCCGCUCCUCCGAAUACGAUCCCCUCCUCAAGCUCCAAGGCAUUAACUGGCUGAUGCGCAAAGUGCUGAAUAUGACCAAUGUUGUCCUGGAGGUCAAGGAGUGGGAAGACCCAUCCGACGGCUUCACCCACAUGGACAUUGAUCUUAAGCCUACUUCGGGUCUACCAGCCAGUCAGGAGAAGAAAGUGUUCGACUUCAAGGGCACCGACUCCACCCAUGCGCUUUUCGGAAAGAUUCGCGUAAGCCAGGGCUGGGCAAAUGCCAAAGAGUUGAACCAGGAGGAUCACUUCUUGGUCGAGGGAAUGGAGGAAAACAUGGAUAGCUUUAUUCACUUGAAGACUGAGCACUUGGACCACAAUGCUGUGACGCACCAGGCUUGGGGAUUUGAGGAGAUCGAGGGCACAAGAUACCACAGCAGACAUAUUGUUGGAAAGAAGGGAGACGAGGUUGUUCGGGUCAAGCUAAUCUAUGACUACCUCGGACCUCGUGCUGACAUGAACUGA